AUGGAAUCCACCAGCAUUCGGGAGGAAGAGCAGAGGCGGGAGGUAGAAUUGGUCGCAGCUCGACCGAGGGUCCAAGUCGGACAUGGUCAUUCUAUCGCCACUGUGGGUCAUCCGACCUACGACGAGACACCCCUGGACCUUUCUCUUGGCCUACACUUCAGCUCCGAGACUCAAGUCGUCGAGUACGAUGAUGGUCCCGACAGUGACAUUAUCAGAGCCUUCCGUGAUAUGGAACUCUCCUUCCACCGCACGAGCCCCUACGGUGUCGAUGUCCGGAUACAACUGAGCUUCGCGACUACUCUCACCGAGCGGACGCUUGGUCUGACCCCUAUCCCAUCAGUGAAUGCGAACUUCGACUACGCCAACAAGCUCGAAGGUGCAGCAGCCUGUACCGGCCGCUUUUGA